AUGACAUCUGUGAAGGGCAACGGCACUUCCGAUACAGUUAAGAAUGCUAUUGAGUACAUGCCUAUUGAGGAUGUUGAGAAAUUUGAGCGGUACCGGCCAGGCGGUUAUCAUCCAACAACUAUAGGAGAAUGGUUGAAUGACCGGUAUCGUAUCGUGCAUAAGCUUGGCUUUGGCGCAUACUCAACCAUUUGGAUGGCAAGAGAUCAGAAAACUGAAAAAUAUGUCGCCGUCAAAAUCACCAUCGCAGACUGCAAUCCAACUAACUCCCAAGAAAGGAAUAUUCUCCAUCGACUUGGUAUUGCAGAGUUGAAAGCCAAGGCUCAUCCCGGCAGCGCAAUCAUUCCAUCUAUAACAGAUGAAUUCACCAUUUCUGGGCCUAAUGGUGUACAUCAAUGUUUUGUCACAUCAGUUGGAAUGAUGAAUUUAGCUGAGGCCAAAGAUGCCUCAUCUUUCCGGCUGUUCCAGUUGCCUGUGGCUAGGGCUUUCUCUGCUCAAGUAGUCUUGGCAGUGGCAUAUCUUCAUUCUCAGGGCAUUGUCCAUGCUGAUCUUCAUCCCGGUAAUAUUCUGAUCCUUCUUCCUGAGAGUAUGGACUCGCUCUCACCAGAGCAAUUCUACGAAAGGCAUGGACAGCCUCACCAUGAGCCAGUUACCUGUCUAGAUCAGCGUCCACUUCCUGAUGGUGUUCCCGCACAAGCUGUCGUGCCUGUUUGGCUCGGAAAAGCGAGCGAAGAAGUUUCGCUAUCUGAAGCUCAGAUAGUUGUCACUGACUUUGGGGAGUCUUUCAUGCCAGCCACUACAGCGCGGCAUCACUCCAACACGUCGGGUAUGCUAGUACCCCCGGAGACGUACUUUGAACCGCAAAAGUCACUUUCUUUCUCUGCUGAUAUUUGGACGCUUGCGUGCACCAUCUGGGAAAUAAUCGGUCAGCGUCCACUUCUCGAGGGCUUUAAUCCGUCAGUCGACUGGGUAGUGAAAGAACAUGUUGAUACAUUUGGCAAAUUGCCACUGCCGUGGUGGCAGAAAUGGGAAUCGCGGUCAAAAUGGUUUAAUGAGGACGGAACAAGACAUGGUAUUACAAAUUCAAGGCCCUGGGUGCAACGAUUCACCCAAUCAGUUCAGAAGCCGAGGGAAGAAUUCAAUAUGCAACCGAUGGGGGACGCCGAAAGGACUGCAUUUCUUACUAUGUUGAGAGAUAUGCUUGCCUUCGAACCGGAAAAGAGACCAUCUGCGGGGCAGAUCAUGGAAUAUGAAUGGCUGCAACAAUGGGCUCUUCCGGAUUUAUCCAGGAUGAAACAGAAUAUGCCAUAA